AUGAGUAUGUAUUUUUUUUUAUUAUUUGAAAGUAUAGUACUGCUGAUAAAUAGUGUAUUAAUUAUAAAUGAAAAGAAGUUGAAAAAAUAUAAAAACGUAGAUAUAAGUUUAAACAGUAAUGAUAUAUUUAAUAAUAUAAAAUUGUUAUUCUACACUAUAAGAAUAUAUUUUAAGAUACCACUCAUAUUCUUAAAUUUAUUGUGUAUUGUGAUUGAAAUUUUAUUUGGAUAA